AUGUCUAGCUGGUCGUGGUCAUCCACGGGGAAUGAAGUGGUGCAGGAAUUUGCAGAGCGGAUCGAAGGACGAACAUUUUUGAUUACCGGUCCAAGUGACGGAGGAAUUGGUGCAGAAACUGCACUCUGUCUGGCAUCUAGAUCUCCGUCAGCUAUCAUUCUUGCGGGCCGGGAUCGUGUCAAAAUCGAACCAGUUGUCGACAAGAUUACCGUGAUUAACCCGAAGGUCAAGGUAGUUUUUGUUGCUUUGGAUCUAAGUGAUCAGUCCUCGAUACGAGCAGCCGCGGCAGCGAUCAACCGUCAAUUCGCUCAAAUUGAUGUUCUCAUCAACAAUGCCGCAAUCAUGGCUUGUCCGUAUGGCACGACCAAAGAUGGAUUCGAAGUACAAUUUGGAACAAACUUCCUCGGUCCAUUUCUACUUACUGGCCUUUUGCUCCCCCAGCUCCGCGCCUCAGCACCAGGGGCGCGGAUUGUCAAUGUGAGCAGCUCCGCGCAUCGGUUUGCAGGCAUUCAAUUUGAGGAUAUUGAUUUCGAGGGAGGUGCCGCUUAUGAUACAUGGAAAGCAUAUGGCCAGUCAAAGACAGCAUUGAUACUGAUGACCAAACACCUGGCAAAACGUAUUCCAAGCAGAGAUAUCGCUUGUUUUUCGAUUCACCCUGGAAGUAUUGCAUCAGGUCUUCAACGCCAUGUCGAUUCCGAGUCCAUGUCAGAUGCAAGAGUCAAGUCACAAUCAAUCACGGACUUUGAGGUCGCAGACAGGAAGACUCUUCAACAAGGUUGCGCGACUACGCUAUUCGCUGCCUUGAAUCCCGCUCUUGAAGAUCUGUCUGGUUCAUACCUCAGUGAUUGUCAAUUGAAGGAUCCAGCGACUCAUGCUUGCGGGACAGAGACGGCCAAUAGGCUGUGGCAUCUCGGCGAACAUCUUCUUGGAGAGGAAUUCAAUCUGUGA